AAAAAAAAAAAAAGAGAGAAAAGGAAAAAAAGAAAAGAAAAGAAAUCGGUAUCUGACCGCCUCGCGUCGUCUCUUCCCUACUUCCGAUUCCUUCAUCUCUCUCUGCCAUCGCAAUCGUCUCCGCCUCUAUCUCUCUAGGGUUUCCUCAGUUUUCUCGUUUUACCAGCUUGUGUUCGUUGGCAUUCGCUUAAUCGCUUCUGAUUCAUGAGGUAGCAUUACGAUGGAUUGCAAGGAAAACGGUGUUAGUGGCCCUUCUGGGUGUGGCUCCUCUUCCGGCGAUAAGAAUGUUAACUCUCCGGGCUCAAGUCUUGCCAUGGAUUUCGAUAAAAACUUCUCUGAGAAAGCGAAUUCUGCUGGCCAUGAUAUAAAUUUAAUCAGUAGUUUGGCGACUCCCCAGGCUGCAUUAGUUUUAGACCCUACGAUCGAGGGCCAGAGGGAGUGCUUUAUAGAGGCUGAGCAAAUGGGAGACGGAAACAGUAUCAGUAAAGAAGAUGCUGAAAAAUCUGAUGCCGGUUUACCUGUUUCUUGCAUUGAUAAUGGCUGUCAGAAGCAGGGAAUGGUUUCAGAUGAAUUUGAGCAAACUCAAGGAUCAGUUCCUGAUGCUGUUUUACUAGUAAAUUGCAACAAGCAGGAUGCUGGGAAAGAGAGCCAGGACACAGAAUUAUCCAGCGUACUUAUUGUUUCUGGGAGCAUGCAAGAGAAAGGAGUUCCUUUGACUAAAGAAGAUGAAGGGUCUGCUGGCACAAUAUUAUUGCCUAUAGGGGUCAGUGAAACAGAUACUGAAUCGACUUUUGUAAAUUAUGCACCUGAACAGUUUGAGUCUUUGGAAACGGCAAAGAACAUAAACAAUGAUGAAGUUGGAAGUGCUGGUAUUAACCCCACCUUUGAUUGUGGAGGUAAGGAAGGAAGAAAAGAACCAUCGAGUGAUCAAGAUGCUGGUUCUUCUGAUGAUAUAUCUUUCAUUCAGAGUUGUCCGAUUCCAGAUUCUGUAUUGGAUUCUGGAAUUCUUAGCUGCAGCGCCACAGAGAAUUAUAUGAAGUCUCCAAGCGAAAUUGAAGGCAAUAUGCCCCUCGUGUUAUCCCCUUCAUUAGAUUUCACAGAAAUGUUAAGCAAUAAUGACGGUGGCCUAGGUUCAUAUGAUCUUGACGACAUCACAGACACAGAGACGAUCAAUCCAGAUUUGAAGUUGGUACAUGAGGAUGACCUUCAUACUGAUCUUUCUGAGAAGAAUGAAAAUCUGCUAAGGAAUCAUGUUGGGGAUUCAUCAAGUGAACCUGCAGUGGCCGCUCCGAGCAUGAAUAAUAAUAUGGCUGCUGAUCUGAGAACUGAAAAUUUCCAUAAGAUAUCACCCAUAGAUGAAAAGAGCUUAGGUAUGGAAGCCAACUCCCCUAUUACUGACUCUUCUUUGAUAUGUGGUUCUCCUUUGAAAUUUGGUAAUGGAGCUCUUGAAGCUCGUAAUUCUGAAAACGCAGUUGAGCCACUCAGAAUAGUUGAUGACAAUGGCAGAAUAGGCGGUGAAGUUGCUUCUGCAUCUGGGACUGGUGAGUCUUCAUCACGAAGGAGGACCCGAGAUGGUAAACAGGGUAAUAUGUCACAGACCAGAAGGAGUGUUCCUCGUCAGAGAAAAUCACCGAAAAAGAAACAAUCAGAAAGAAAACUGGAAUUAAUUUUCAAGUGCUCAAAGCAGAAGAGGAGCUCUGUUUCAAAACCAGGCCGUUCAUCUCAGUGGGGAUUACCAAGUAGGACCGCUGAAAUCUUCUUACAGAGCACUUAUAUUCCUUCUGAUGGACCUCCACAUCACGCACCACAGCAAUCUCAGAGCAAUCCUAAAAGUGGAGAGCAUAAUAGUUCUCAUAACGGAUAUGUAGAAGGAUCUAACAGGAAUAGCCAAGCAUCCAGUGGCCCUUGCCUUCGUUUGAAAGUUAAGUUUGGUAAAUCAGGUGGCCAAAAUCCUCUGAACAUUACAGUCUCUAAGGUCAGUGGCAACUCUUUGCCUGCUAAUGGUAUUGUUAAGACGGGAACAGGUUUAGAGUUUCCAGGGCCAGCAAAUGAUGUCGAGGAUAAACUCCGAACUGUAGAAACUAUAGAGCAUUUAGAAGAGAAAAGCAAUCCUGUUGAGGAACUUUCGAUGUCAUCUGAUUCUAUUAGGGAUGAAAAAAAUAUCCAAGACGCUGGGGGGAUAUGUAGGAAGCUGGGUGGUGAUAUUUUAGAUGAGGACCCACACCUUUCCUCGAGUAUAUUGGUUGAAGAGUGCGAAAGGGCCACUGGAACCCGAUCCCUGGACGCUGAAACUUCACCAGAUUCAGAAGUUAUUAACUCUGUACCUGAUUCCAUUGUCAGUAUUGGGCUUAAAGGGGAUUUGCAUCAUGGUUUUUUCAGCACUCCAGAAGAUGUGGCCAACAAGAAUAGAGGAUUAGAAAAAGAAGAUGAAUUGCUUGCUUCAAGGUCUCCUGUGGAAAAUGGUUCACAUCUAAUUCCCAGCGCAAAAAAAGGUAAACAUCCUAAGUCAAAAGGUAAUGGAACAAAAAAAGGGAAAUCCAAGUUUUCCGAAUCUGCCAAAGACAGGAGAAAAAAUAAAUCUCACGAGGGGUUAGAGCAACGCAAAUUUAUAAAGAGGAGUAUUGGAAGGGGUGAUAGUUAUUAUCAUGAAGUAGGGAGAAUAGAGUCUCACGAAACGACAGGUUCUCUUCGAGACGUUGAUAUUGGACAAACCUGUGCUAUUAAUGGUACCAAAUCAUCAGAUGUGAUCCAUGGGGAAGCGGUCCUGGAUGUUGCUAUUGAGGAUAGCUCUUCCACAGAGAGUGCCUGGGUUCGAUGUGAUGAUUGCUUCAAAUGGCGACGAAUACCUGCUUCUGUUGUAGAGUCAAUUGACGAGAGCUCGAGAUGGAUCUGUGGGAACAACUCAGAUAAAGAUUUCGCUCAUUGCUCAAUAUCUCAAGAGAUGUCAAAUGAAGACAUUAAUGAAGAGUUGGGUAUAGGACAAGAUGAAGCAGAUGCAUAUGACUGUGAGGCGGCUAAAAGAGGGAAAGACAAGGAACAAAAGAGCAAACGUUCGUCAGGUAACCGAAAGGCGUGCUUCAAAGCUAUAAAAACAAACCAGUUUCUUCAUCGUAACCGUAAAUCUCAAACAAUUGACGAGAUAAUGGUUUGUCACUGUAAACCACCACCUGAUGGUAGGCUGGGUUGUGGAGAAGAAUGUCUCAAUAGAAUGCUUAACAUUGAAUGUCUUCACGGUACCUGCCCGGCUGGCGAUUUGUGCUCAAAUCAGCAGUUUCAAAAACGGAAGUAUGUUAAAUUUGAGAGAUUCCAAUCUGGUAAGAAGGGUUAUGGCCUGAGAUUGCUCGAGGAUGUACGCGAGGGACAAUUCCUUAUUGAAUAUGUUGGAGAGGUGCUUGAUAUGCAAUCCUAUGAGACUCGUCAGAAGGAUUAUGCUUCCAUGGGUCAGAAACAUUUCUAUUUCAUGACACUGAAUGGGAAUGAGGUCAUAGAUGCUGGUGCAAAGGGAAAUUUAGGGCGUUUCAUUAACCAUAGUUGUGAACCAAACUGUCGUACUGAAAAGUGGAUGGUGAAUGGUGAAAUUUGCGUUGGAAUAUUCUCCAUGCAAGACCUUAAGAAGGGUCAAGAGUUGACAUUUGACUACAACUAUGUGAGGGUUUUUGGUGCUGCUGCAAAAAAGUGCUAUUGUGGAUCAUCACAUUGCCGAGGUUAUAUUGGGGGAGAUCCUUUGAACGGUGAUGUGAUUGUUCAAAGUGAUUCAGAUGAAGAGUAUCCUGAACUUGUGAUCCUAGAUGAUGAUGAAAGUGGGGAAGGAAUCGUAGAUGUUACAUCUAGGAUCUUCAUUGAUGGUGCUGACGUGCAACUGCCACAGAACUCUACAAAGGUUAAUGAUUUCAAGGAGCUUGCUUCUGAUAAUUCCCAAUCGCAGAGCUCAGUGUAUGUAAAACUUCCAGAGAGAGAGGUUCUUCCAUCUCUUCAAUUAACUGAAGUUUCGAAGGAAACUUCGACGGACAUGCCUGUUAUUGCUGUCCGGCAGGAGGUUCAUGUCGAAAAGAAGACUAAAAGCACAUCUCUUACGUCGAGUUCUCUCAGCAGACUGCCCUCAGAUGGUGCAAAUGCUGAUAAGACAGUAAAGGAUGGCUCGGGUGAAGAUAAAAAGAUACUUCCACGACCCCGUCCUCGAAUGAAAACUUCUCGUUCAUCUGGGUCUAGUAAGCGGGACAAAGGAGGUCUUCCUACUGGUGUUAGUAAAGCACAGAGUAUACCGGUCAGUAAGUUGCAGCAACAGCCCGUCAAAUCUAAAGCAUCAGAGGAAGUUUCUCCCAGCGGGCGUAUUGAAACAUUUGAAGGGAAACUGAAUGAGUUACUCGAUGCUGUGGGAGGGAUAAGCAAGCGGAGGGAUUCAGCCAAGGGCUACUUGAAACUUCUGCUUCUCACUGCUGCUUCCCGAGGCAAUGCCAAUAAUGAAGGAAUUCAAAGCAAUCGAGAUCUUUCAAUGAUUCUUGAUGCCCUUUUAAAGACAAAGUCACGAACGGUUUUAGUGGACGUAAUCAACAAGAAUGGUCUGCAAAUGUUACAUAAUAUCAUGAAACAAUAUCGGAGGGAUUUUAAAAAGACCCCAAUUCUCCGAAAACUUUUGAAGGUAUUAGAGUAUCUUGCUACAAGGGAAAUUCUUGCACUAGAGCAUAUAAUCAGAAGACCUCCUUGUGCAGGGAUGGAAAGCUUUAAGGACUCCAUUCUAACACUCACCGAGCAUGAUGACAAACAGGUUCAUCAAAUUGCACGGAACUUCCGAGACAGAUGGAUCCCUAAGCCUUUUAGGAAACCGUGGCGCAUCGACAGGGAGGAGAGAUCGGAAUCUAUAAGAUCGCCUAUCAACAGCAGAUUCAGAGCAUCUCAAGAACCUAGAUAUGAUCAUCAUUCGCCAAGACCUGCAGAACCAUAUGCGUCUGUCAUAUCAUCAAGGGCUGCAACUCCUGAAACAACUCCUGUAUCUGAGGCAAGUUCAGAACCUAAUUCCAGUAAUCCCGAGACAAAUGGACGCAAGCGUAAAAGCAGAUGGGACCAGCCGUCUAUGUCAAAGGAACAUAGGACCAUGACUGUCUCAUCUCAACAAACAGAUGUGACUAAUGGUAAUCAGGAUGUCCAAGACGACCUUCCUCCCGGAUUUUCAUCACCCUGCAUGGAUGCGCCUGAUGCAGUUACUGCACAGCCGCAACAAAAGUUCCUUUCUCGGUUACCAGUUUCCUACGGGAUCCCGCUUAGCAUCGUUCAUCAAUUUGGUUCACCUGGCAAAGAGGACCCGACUAGCUGGUCUGUUGCCCCUGGGAUGCCCUUCUAUCCAUUCCCACCUCUACCGCCUGUUUCUCAUGGUGAGUUUUUCGCUAAAAGAAACGGAGCAGUCUGUUCCUCAUCCAUGGGAAACCCGACUUGCUCUAAUGAGAUCUUACCGGCUACAACUGUGCCCAACCAGUCCUCGUGGAACAUCCCAAGUGUUGCUGGGACUGACUCAACCGCUCCAAACCGGAAGAGAGAGUUUUCGUCUGAUAUAGGAACAAGUUACUUUCGGCAACAGAAACAGAACGUUCCUCCUUGGAUGCGGAACAACGGGUGGGAAAAAACAGUAAACAGCCCUAUACCUGGGAAUCUAACUUUAGAGAGGAAGCUCAACAAUUAAGUAUUCUUAACUUUAGAGAAGUACAGUCCAUGAAAGUUGAAAAUGGAGACAAUGCAGCUCUUGAGGAGAAUUACAGUGAUUGAUUGGUUAAUUUGGCUCAUAGGAAAGUCCCCUUUUAGGGAAUCUUGUGCUUUACUUUCCUUUUUUUAGUAUAUUCUAAAUUCUUUUUUUUAUGACCGAAAGCGAAAACCUUCUGCUAUGAGUAAAAGUCACAUUUCAAUGUAAGUGCAAUCACAUUCUUUUA